UUUAGGAUAAAAACCCUCAUGAACUUCAAAAAGAGCCACAAAUCAAACGCAAUAACAAUAACAAAACGUUAUAACAGUUCUCGGCGCUCGUAGAAUAGAAUUAUCGUGUUAUGUUAGAACUUUAAUGUAAUAAUUUACUCGGUAUAAAUGCUUCUAGUCGGUGUUUGCUACGUUUUCUCUUGAAAUGAGCUCUUACGUAGCCAACUCGUUGUUCAAGCAAACAAGUCAUGAAGCGUCCGCCUUCACUUUGCACAACCAUGGUUACGGUUCCGUGCCCGAGCUCCACGUACCGUCGGGCUACUGUUACGGAGGGCUCGACCAUCAACAUCGAGGUUCCUUCGCGUGCCCAUCCUCCUCUAACUCGCUCCGUGCGGGGGAGAUGAGCUCCGGUCCGCGUGGCAGUCCGGAUAACCACACACCACGAGCAGAGUCAUCCACUGGCUCGCCCAGAGGCCGCCUUAACCCAACCGGUCACGGCUCCCUAAAUCUUGGACUUUACGGUCGCAAAAGUGAGGGGGCAAUGGAACCCUGCGAAAUGCCCACAGGCAAAACGAAAGGCGCCGACGAGACCAAAGUUGGAACUUUGCAAGCCGUUCAGCCGGUGGGACAAGCCGGCCACCCAAGUCAAACCCAAGGCAGUGAGCAGCCGCCGCAAAUCUAUCCCUGGAUGACUAAACUACAUAUGAGCCACGAACCGGAUGGGAAACGUUCAAGGACGAGUUACACCCGCUAUCAAACUCUGGAGUUGGAAAAAGAGUUCCAUUUCAACCGCUAUCUGACGCGUCGAAGGCGCAUCGAGAUCGCCCAUACCCUAUGUCUGAACGAGCGACAGAUCAAAAUCUGGUUCCAGAAUCGGCGAAUGAAGUGGAAGAAGGAUUCCAAGCUCAAACUUAAAGAUCCAUUCUAGAGCCCCCAUUUCACUCGGAGCCAAGAGUCUAUUCAGAGGAUGGCGUUCAAAAACUUUUAACCCCACCGGUGUUUCCAAACUGUGACCUACAUGUAAAUGCGAUGUUAUAGUGUGAUAUGUGAAAGUAUUAUUCAAUUUACGAUAUGGAUAUGAGUGUAAUUCAAUUGUCAUGUUUAUUUAAUAUUGUGCGCAUUUGUUCUUGUAGAAAGGCCUGUGCCUACAUAGGUCAUAGAAUACCCUAAUCGUGUUAUUAGACGCAAUCAGAACGCCCAAUACCAUUUUCAAAGUGAAAAUAUUUCUAAGUUGCAUCAGUGUAAGCAGUGAAUUAUUCAUAACUUCUGUUUUCAUAAUGAUACUUGGUCAACUGGUAAUGCUACAGUUGUAUUAUUAAAAUGACCAUUGUAAUCAUUUGAAUUUCAUAGAUUUCUAUAAUAUUAAGAUGAUUGUCUUGUUUAGUUUAAGUUUUACAUUAAGGUUAUUUGUACCAUGGCAUUCAUCAUGUUGGCCCACAGGCCUGAAUGGUUUACUACUUGCAUUUCGCCACUUAUAAUUCACCAAGUGAGUUAGCUUUUCACCAGAAACAGGUGAGGUGGCGGAAGUGGAUAAAAUACAAGUGUAUUGAUUUGUUUACAUCUUCGUGUUGUAUAUAGAUUCUAUGUGAUGGUAGACUGAAGAAUGUUGCACCAUCUAGCUUGAUUUACAGACAGCUAUUUCACCUUAUUUUGCUCUUGUUAAAACCAGAAGAAUUCUUACAAUAUUGACAUUUUUACACUCGCCUUACUUAUGUUCAUAUACGUUGUGACGUUAUUUUAAACGCUGAGAUGUAUUUUGGAUGAAUGUUAUUGUUAAAUUUCAAUCGAUUACAAAAUAAAAAAUAAUCAAUGCAUGUUGUCUGUCACCCAGACAAAUAUGAUGCAUGUGAUCUUUGAGUGAAGGACCAAGACGUCUUGGAUUUCUCAGGUGCUCUAACCUAAUGUCAGAACAAAAGAUAUUUUGAAUGCCCAAUGCACAUAGGCCUACACAAAUUCCCUAAAUGGGACCAAAUAAUAAGCACAUAUCUAGAUUGCGCAUUUGGACCUUACGAAACCAAACGACCUGCCCUUUCUCUUGAGCGCAAAGAAGACAACUCUCGUUGAGAAAAAUAAAAAUGUCCUAAUAUGUUAAAUCUAUGUCAGGCUGUGAGUUCAUAUGACAGUUGCUGUAUAGCAAAGCUCAAUGUAAAGAAAUUAAGCUCAGUAGCACUCGUUUUCGUUUCCGGCACCUGUCACCUGUCCAAAUGGGUAGUGUCAUAUCCGCCCUUAGCCAAGUUUGUCUCUCCACAUGGAUACGAUUACUCAGCCAGAGGCAUAGACAUUUGUGUUAAGUCACCAUAUGCAGUCGAGUCUGAUACCGGUCCUCUUUGGUACAAUACCUGAAUCUCGACUUAACUUGCUGACCACCUCAACUUCACUCAAAAAUCUCAAGGUUUCUCAAACAAGAUGUCUUUGGUUUUAUACAUUCCAGACUGUACUGGGGUGCAAACGCUAACUCAAGACUGUCCAUGUCAAUUCCUGGUGGCUGCUAGAUUGGGUUUACCAUUUUGUGGACUAUCUUGCUUGUGAACACGAAAUAAAGUACCGAUGAAAGCAGAAA